AUGAUGUCCCUUUUGGAUCUUAUUUCUCAAAAUCAGCCGCAUUUUCAGACCCAUCAGGCGUUGCUGGUAAUUGGAUUGCAAAAUGAUUUCAUUCAACCGGACGGGAAGCUUCCAGUCAACACCCGCAAUGGAUUUCUGGACCGCAUUCACACCGUCCUUCCAAAAUUCCGCCAGCUCUCUGCCAAUGUCAUUUGGAUUCAGACCGUCUACGAGGUAGAUCGCAUGGCAAACGACCCUACCACGGGCGAGGGAGACGCCGUUGUCGUGGGGGGACUUGUGGAAGGAGACGAGAGCAGCUCAGAUGACGACGAAGAUCUUCCGAAGGAUCUUCUCCCGCCAAUCCAGUCAAGAUCGUCACGGCACAAGCAGCGUGCGUUGGAUCUUCUCAAGAGGGUCUCCGCUCGAAGGCGGACUACCCCGCGAGAAGCUUCUUCACUCUCUGCCACGGAAGAAGACGAAGAGCUGUUCCUGCUACGGGCCUCCAAAAAUGGACCUGCUUGCUUGCCUGACACCCCAGGUGCCGACUUCGUGGACCCUGUUAAGCCCAAGAUCGAAAGCGCAGACACGAUUGUAAGGACGACAAGUUAUUCUGCCUUUCAAGGGACAUCACUCCUGCUAAUCUUACGGGCAAAGCUGGUCACGGAGCUCUAUAUCUGCGGGUGUAUUACGAAUGUUUCCGUGCUUGCGACGGUUAUCGACGCAGCCCGACAUGGGAUCAAGAUCAACGUCGUUGAGGACUGCCUUGGCUUCCGGAAGCAAACCCGGCACGACGAAGCGCUUAAAAGAAUGGUUGAAUUUUUCGACGCACACAUCGUCACUAGCCAGGAAAUCCUCAAUCGGGAUCACACGGAGGACUCUGCGUCGUCUCAGCAAAGGCCAGGUAAAUCUCCGUACCAGGGCCUCGAAUCACCGGCCAUUGCCAUUGACGGCCGACAACGCACAUUAUCAGACGCGUCUAUAGCUGAAAGUCGCACCACAACGGAUACUAAACUGAGCGACGAGCAAUUUGCUGAAAAGCUCAGCCAAGGCGCAAGGGUCCCUGAAAACCAAGGCCAGGGUCCCGCACCGGCCGCCAAACAAAAUCUUGUCAAGUCAAAGAUAGUGAUGCGGCCACGUCGUGACAAGGGCAAAAAGGAAGAGGACAAAGCUGAAACACCUCCCAGCGUCGCGGCGAAGGCCCCGAAAGUAGCUCAGCCUCCGCCCGUCGAACCGGCGCCACGACCACCCACGAUUACAAAAGCUGGAAGUAGUGAUAAGCUUCGCGAAAGCCCAUCUAGGCAACAAACACUCAAGUCCUCUGCAUCACAGCCCUCUUUGCCUUCUUCAAAUCUUGACCUCAAGGAAAAGCCAUCGCGCGUGCGCCUGGCUCUGGGGAGAAGUUCCAAAUCCGAAUCCAGUAACCCGCCCCAACCCGACGCUCCAAAAUCACCCGCAAAAAUCCCUCCAGAAACCCAAAUGGUACCUUCAACAUCCGCCAAUUCCGCGAAAAUGGGGAAGAAGCUCCAAUCCCUUGCUACGUUCCCAGUCCUGGGCCCUGGCGACCCAAUUGCCGAGGGCGACUCCCACAUAAUCUAUAACUUCUUUCCUCCAGAAUUCCGUCACCCUACCGACCCGUCGAAGCCACUAAAGGACUUGAUAUUCCAUCAACUGUACAAUGAAGUGAGAUGGCAAAAGAUGCAUCACCAGCAGGGCGAGGUGCCACGUCUCGUGUGUUGUCAAGGCGCAUUUGGAGCUGACGGGUCAAUGCCGGUCUAUCGACAUCCCACCGAUCAAGCGCUGCCGCUACUGCACUUUUCGCCAAAAGUGAGAGUCAUACAGAAGCAAGCUGAAAAGCUGGUUGGACACCCGCUAAACCAUGUUCUGAUUCAGCUGUACCGCUCGGGCCAGGACUACAUUUCAGAGCAUUCAGACAAGACGCUAGAUAUUGUGCGUGGGUCGAAUAUUGUAAAUGUUAGCUUUGGUGCAGAGAGGACCAUGCGCUUGAGGACAAAGAAGUCGGCUAAGACUGAGGAAUCCGAGGAAACGGGAGGGCGCACUACGCAGCGUGUUGCGAUGCCACAUAAUUCUAUGUUUGUAUUGGGGCAAGAUUCAAAUAUGCGAUGGCUGCAUGGUAUCAACGCUGACAAGAGAUUGCCUGCGGAGCGUAGCGAGGAAGAGAAAGCGUACUCUGGGAUUAGGAUUUCCUUGACCUUCCGACACAUUGGUACCUUCUUGGACGCAGAAAGCAGCAGGAUAUGGGGCCAAGGCGCCACGUCUAAAGACCAUCGUGACGCAAACGAUGUCAUCAACGAUGACGAAGACGAAACGGAAAAGAUGGUGCGUGCCUUCAGUAAAGAGAACCAUGAGACAGAAUUCGACUGGAACGAAUGGUACGGCGACGGGUUCGACGUCUUACAUUUCCGCCAGCCACCAGAAGACAUCCCAAUCCUAUUUGCCUCCAACAACAUCGUCGAGAACAAGAUGGUCCAAGUCUUCUUAUGGGAGAACAAGCUGAACCACAUCCUCUCAGAAGCCCCAACAUUAGAAAAACUAUACGAACUCGACCGCCAAGUCUGUUACCGCGACAAUGAUGUCAACCACACCGAAGUUCUUAUCGCUGUUCCAAUUCUCCUAUACCUGGAUCAUUACCAUCCAAUGGACCGUGACGACCGCGGCCGCGCAUGCAGCUCGCGCUCAUACGAAACUUUCGUCAUGGUCUCCGCUAUGCUGAAAUACUGGGUUAAUCGCCACGUCCCGACCUACUAUAACGACUUUGUCAACAUGCUCGAAAGCCUUGAAGAGAGGUAUGCACUCGAUCCUGGGCCUUUUAUCGCCGGUCGGAGAUUUUCGAUUGGGGAUUGCUCGACAUGGCCGGCGCUCGAUGAACUUAUUGUUAAUUGGGAUGGUUGGAGUGAAGAGAGGUUCCCGCAUCUGACGGAGUAUUAUAGGAUGCUUUGGAAGAAGAAGAAGAGUGUGGCGAAGCUA